GACGAAUAAAAUGGCUGUCAAAACCUGGUUCACCUUUCUAGUCGCUGUUAUUUCCGUGUCGGGAACUUUGUCAUCCUUCGACUCACCCCCAGAAAAGUUUGUGGUUAAUCUCGACCUACCAGCAGGAGAGAGAUGGACACAUGUGGUGACGAAGCAUCCAUAUGCGGACUUAAUCCCAAAGUUCCGUCAAGUUAUCAGUGGAAUGCUGCCAGACCCCACAGUUGUGUUACCGUUGGUAGAAGAUAUUGCAGCAGAUCUGGAUAAGUACAUCCAAAGUCCAUAUGCUGAGGAAAUGAAAGGGAUUGCUAAGAAUCUGAAUGUUCCUCUAGGUGAUAUUGUAGGGGCCAACCUUCUGUAUGAUGUGUCAGCAUUCUGUACCAGUAUUGUAAUGCAGGAUGACAAAAAUAUGAUCUGGCAUGCUCGCAACCUGGACUUUAGCUUCACAGAUCUCCUCAGGAACAUCACAGUCUUUAUAGACUUCCAGAAAAACAAUCAGACUGUCUACAGUGGAGUGACCUAUGCUGGAUACAUUGGUUUAAUGACUGGACAAAGGCCAAAGGCAUUUACCAUCACUGCAGAUGAAAGAGAUAUUGGUAGUUGGUGGAUGAACUUCCUGAUUGGAAUACUUCAGAGAGAUGCAGUUCCUGUCAGCUUCCUCAUCAGAGAUACACUUGAAGAAAGUACAAACUACCAAGCAGCUAUAAAUAAACUGGCCUAUACUACUACCUUGGCCUCGGUAUACCACAUAGUAGCUGGUGUUAACCCAGGGGAGGGAGCCAUCAUCACCAAGGGCCGGGAGGCGCCCAUCGAUAUCUGGACAAUUGAUCCCUCCAAAAACAAAUGGUUUGAAGUGGAGACAAAUUAUGACCACUGGAACAACCCCCCUGUAGAUGAUGACCGUAGAGAUCCAGCUAUAAGCGCUAUGAAAAAUCUUGGACAGAAAAACAUCAGCAAGGCAAACCUAUUUAAUGUCAUGUCUAUGGUACCUGUCAGAAACAAUCACACGACCUACACCGUAGUCAUGUCAGCUGCCCAACCCUCGAUCAUGCAGGCCUGGAUACGACAUGGAGAUGUCUAUGGACCACACUAACCUCACCACAAGUAUGUCUGCUGGAAAGUCCCCGGUUUUAUUUAUGUUCAUUCACUUAAGCAAAAUCAUUAAAUUUCCCACUGGAAAAUUGCUAUAGGCACAUUUACAUUUGGAGUAAAUGGAAUCUUUCUUAAGUUAAACAAUGCUUACCAACAGAUAACUGUAAAGGAUGUUGUUCUGAAGGGUUCCAGUUAAAACAUGAAAAAA